CUCUUAUCAUUUCUCCAUCUCUCCAAAUUUCUCGCAGUUCUUUCACGUGAAUCUGCAUUUUCCUUUACUUCCUAAAUUCCAUCGAGCUGCUGCUUCAAGGUAUGCGCAAGCGCUUCCCUUUCUGUAUUGCCACUGAUUUUUUAUUCUGCCCCUCUGCUUCAAGGAGAGGCGGUAAUUCUGAUCAUUCAGUGAAUUUCUUUUAAAUUCAUUCGAUCAAGAAUUUACACUUAUUUUAGUGAGGUUAUAUAGAUAGCCAUGGCACUCUUCUCCAUUUCUCCAGUAUCUGAUGCCUCCAGUGUCAAGCCUGGUGUAAAUGUUGGAGGCCUUUAUGCAAGUGCAAAUACACGCAGAAUCAGUCAAAGAAGUGUUACUUUAAAGAUUUUGCAGGUCAGGGCUAGUGCACAAUCUGUGCCAAAGUUAAACGGUACCAGAAUUGUUGUGAUGGACGGCCUCAAGUGUGAUGAUAUAAUAUCUUGUUCACCUCCGCCAAGAGCAUUUAUUAAGGAGAUACCCGACUGGAACAUGCUUCUCGCAGUGAUCACAUCCAUUUUCUUGACAGCAGAGAAGCAAAAGACAGUGCUUGAUUGGAAGCCAAAGAGGCUGGACAUGCUUGGUGACCCAUUUGGUUUGGGGCGAAUUGUUAAUGAUGGGUUAAUAUUCCGUCAAAACUUUUCAAUCCGUUCCUAUGAAAUAGGUGCUGAUAUGACUGUAUCUGUGGAGACACUGAUGAACCAUUUGCAGGAGACAGGUAUUAACCAUUUGAAGCAUGUGGGGCUACUGGGUGAUGGUUUUGGUUCCACGCCUGAGAUGUGUAAAAGGAACCUGAUAUGGGUGGUCACCAAAAUGCAGAUUGUGAUUAAUCGAUAUCCUACUUGGGGAGAUGUUGUUCAAGUAGAUACCUGGAUAGCUGCAUCAGGGAAGAAUUGUGUUCGUCGUGAUUGGGUUUUCAAAGACUAUGGUACAGGGGAAAUACUGACUAAAGCUUCCAGUUGUUAUGUAACGAUGAACAAACAGACAAGGAAGUUGUCCAAGCUUCCAGAUGAAGUUCGAGCUGAAUUGGGAACUUAUUUUGUUGACGCACCUCAUGCUGUAGAUGAAGAUACAAGAAAAUUACCGAAACUAACUGACAGCAAUGCAGCUUAUAUUCAGCCCGGUCUAACACCAAGUUGGAGUGAUUUGGAUGUCAACCAGCAUGUCAACAAUGUUAAAUAUGUUGGCUGGAUACUUCAGAGUGCACCGCAGCAAGUCAUGAAGAGUCAUGAGCUUGAGAGCAUGACUUUGGAGUACAAAAAGGAGUGUAAAUGGGACAAUGUGCUUGAUUCCCUUACUUCUGUUUUGCAAGAAGGAAUGGAUGGUUUUGCUAGCUGCGGAGAAGUUGAGUGCCAACAUCUGCUCCGGCUCAAGGAUGGCGCUGAUAUUAUGAAGGGAAGAACAAAGUGGAGGCCCAAGCGCGCCUACUGAGUACUCAUAUGGGAGCUUGGGUGAGCUGGAAGUGCAAAGGAAUUAUUUGUAACAGUAUAGAUGUGUCAUAAUAGUAUAGUAUACUUGUAAAAUUCCAUAGAGUUUGAAAUUUUGAUAUCA